UAUAAUGUCGGAUAAUGAAGAAAGUUCGAAUAAAAAAUUCAAAAUGGGUGUAAGCUUGUGGUUAUCAAUUUGCGUAUUUGCCUGUUUAUGGUUCGUGAGCCGUUUCAUGACCGGCAGGAGACAAUUACGAAACAAUCUUCACGUAAUCGAGGACGGUUUACGGCGAAUGCAAGAAGAAAUCGAGCGUCGCCAACGCGAAAACAGCAUCAGCUACGGCGAAAACCUGGAAGAAAUAAUGGAAGAAUUGAAAAAAGACGGAGUGAUGAACGAGGAAAUGAAAGACAAGGAGGCGCAAGACAAGGGUACGAAACCAAACAAGGAGAAGCUGGAGGGAGAAGAAACAGAACCGCUAGUUGUCCAGGAUAAAAAGAAUGAUUAAGUAGUAUAGACACAUGUGAUAUGUUUUUAUUGUCCAAGAUUUAAAAACGUGUGAUUUAUUGAACAGUUUGUAAAUAU